CUUUUCAUUCGCCCGUCUCGUUUGUGUAAUAAUUGCCAGGCUCCGCAGAGGUUCCCGCCAUCAAAGCUUCAACUCCACAGCUAUUUUGACUUUAAAUGGUCGUCAUCUUUCGGACAAGAAGACCAGUUUCUCUGAACGAAAACUCGCUGCUAAGGUUGGAACAAACAAACAGUCGGAACACUCCAGUUUUCAGAUCUUUUUUGUUGCGGAAUCGUACCACGAACUGUGCUGAAUGCCAGAUACACCCUAGCACUGCAUCUGCAACGACGUUGUACUUGAAAGCGAUUUGAUAUCUUUGUUGUCAGUGCUUCGCCCGGAGAAGUUGCGGCCUUGGAGGCCGUUCCUGCUGUGGAACGAGGAACCUGGUUGUGGAUGGACGGAAAGUGUGGGAAGAUCAGCCAAGGUUAUUUUCGUCGUGGGCCCAGACCAUUCGCAGCGCCACAGGCACUGAAAAUUGUAUAUGGAAAUGACUCCAAUAACCGCACAUUUUCACUGCAGCAUGGCAGAAUAGAGUAGACCUCGAAAGCUUCGAAGCGAGAAAUUGUUAUUGCCGUUCACACAACAACAACAAAAACAUCAGCACCAACGGCUGUGGUCAAACUUUUCUUCCGUACCAGCAACCAUACCAAUCCGGAUUGGACUUGCCUAUUCUUGUUACUCCGGCGCACUGUUUCCGUACAAUCGGCCUUCUUCUGGUCUGGGCGGCAGCACGGUGUUUGCAUGGGUGUAUCCGGGGGAAGCUCGAUUGAAGCAAUUUCAAUAUUGUGGCGUCUUACUGGGGACACCGCCGUCGCACCAGGCCAUACAAAAGACGCAAAGGAGCGUGGUAGUGGGGUAGAGCGAUGCGAUAUCGACGGGGUACCUGGUUCUAAGGCGUGAACCCCCUGAGGAUUAUGAGGUUGUGCAUCACGGUAACCUUCUCCGCCAACGCUCGGUUGAUGGAAGAACAGGAAGAACAGCAGGGUGGAUGAACAAAAGGGACGCUGUGCCCGCUCUCGAGAUCCCACUAUGUCGAUGUAGCUGUCGACGUCGGAUUGUACCAUCUUGCCCUGUUCCCAAAGUACCUACUUCACUGUACAAGUACUGCAUUGGUGUCCAUUCGCAACGUCUCGCAUCUUCUCUGCAUCCGCUUAAUGUGCAGCUUGAUUUUGCCUAUAUUCGACCACUGCCAGCCAACGAUAUCGCCAGAUCGAGUUCAUAUAUAAAUCCGACCGACGUUCCACUUCGGACCAGAGAAGAUCUUCACCUACUCUAACUACAGCCUCUCGUUUAUCUGUACUUGGAGUAUCAACGCUGUUCGCCUUGCCAACCGACACCUAUCACGAGUCUGAGAAGGAAAACUAUACACCUGGGCCAUCUCCUACCACACGGAAAAACUCAGGAAUAUCAAAUUUCAGGAACACCUCCGCAAGGAAAGGUUCAGGAAAACGCUCUUCUUCAUUGAAGUAGCAUCGACAAGGAGGAGGCCUCGACCGAUUCCCGUAUAGCACUUUGUUUGCACCGCCUUGGGACGACGACGACCUGUCGACGCCCAGGUUCGAGUAAUGCUGGAACCACGAUUAUAGCAUCACCCCUCUCGACAUACGUAAUAAUAUCCCAGCAACAGAAUCGAUCGAAAUGAAUUUAAUGAUAAUGGAAAGAGAGGCUCGGAAAGAAGCUUCUGGUGGACGGAGAAAAGUGGCAAUACAGUCGUAUACGAGUAGACAUAGGCUAAACCCUGCAGCACGACCAACACGACAUCAUCUUUGCUCACAACACCGCCUUUUGCUCUUCGCCUUUUUUAUAAUAUACUGUUUACCAAUCUGCUCGGCGUCAGUGUUUAUAGAAGGGGAAAUGGUGGAAGAACCCACAGCGUCGAUAGAAACUGUUUCAACGCCCCGUAGGUCAUCCCUUGACCAAUGGGCCCAACCAGAAUCAGGGAAGAUACUCGUUGAUCUUUCACAUCCACCCAGCCAGCAAGAAUGGACCUUGUCCGAUGUCAACGACGAUCUUCAACGACGACAGGAAUUGGGUCAAGAUGCUCCCAAAUCACAUUCAGUCACCCAGACUGUCACGGCAACUGUUGGUGGCUCAGGAACUAGAACAACCCCUUCCACCACACUUGUGACUGCGGCCACUGAUGUGCCCUCUCCUCUCCCAAGUGCUUUUGACAGUGGCUUCGGCUCCAAUAUCACUGCUAGCUGUGCCUCAUUUAUGUCGUAUAUGCUUCAAAAUGCCACUUUUAAAGCAUGUGUACCAGUCUCGAUCCUACUUCAGGUAUGUUCACGUAGAAUAUAUCGAACCAGAAAGUACUAACCAAAUUUUAGAAUUCUGUGUCAUUCUUUCAAGCUGAAAAAUCCAUCACUCGAAUCACGCAAGUUCUUGACAACGCCUGUGCCGCGAAUGUCACCAAUUGUGGAAAAGUGAUGUCUGCAUUCGCAUCUAAUAUUACCACCUCCUCAGCCUGUGCAGCCGACAUCAGCACACAAAACCCUCUUAUUAACCAAGCUCAUCUUGGUCUUCUUGCUUAUAAACCAAUUUAUACCGCCACCUGUCUCAAAAACCAAAUCUCAAAAUCCUAUUGCUUUGCCGAAGCCAUCACCAAUGCCACCAACCCCGCCGACACAUACCAAUACUACCUCCCUCUAAACAUCACUUUACCCGGAGGAAGCCAACCGACUUGCAACUCAUGUUUACAGAACUCCAUGGCCGUAUACGCAGCCGCCACUGCCGAUCGAUCGAGCGCUUUAGCGUCAACUUAUGUCGGAGCCGCGAUGCAAGUAAACGUCAAUUGCGGACCGAACUUCGUGAACGCCAGUCUUGCAGCAGCAAUAGCAAACAGCGGCGCGUCGAGCCCCUUAAUGGGCACUAAUUUCGGCUUGCUGGCUGUGGUACUUGCUGUCUCUAGCAUACUCUUAUAGUAGAGCUGACUACGGUACAUACGGGAGGGAAAGAAAUCGGGAAAGAUUGAAAAGUCUUUUUCAUAGAAUGGGCUAGGCAAACGGUGUUUUGUAUUUCGGCUCUUUGGUUUUUCUGGUUUUUUGGGUUUGUUGUUUUUUUCGGCAGGGUUGCGAGAAAAAAUGGGCAAGGCGUCUAUACCCCAAGGAUCUGGAUGGGGGUUUUUUUGAUUCACAGUUUUAUGGAGUUUUAGCACAUCUCCCCGCUCUCAACAACAAGGGAGUGGCGGAUUGAUGAUUGGGUUUCCCCUCCGGCACCCCCGCUUUUGUAUUGGGGCACCUGGGGAUGGAGACGGUAUUUAUGGUGGCUGGACAUAUUUGCCAAAAAGACAUAUUGUAAGAAAGGCACGGGACGGGAUGGAUUGGGGAUGAGGGGAUGCAAACGUGCAAUGGCGAUCAAAGACUAUGUGAGCGGAGAGACUCAUACAUGACAUAACUUCUAGUAUGUAUAUUUUUUUUCUACGCUGUAUAGCUUUCUCUAAUGAAAUGUCACGAUGAAAGAAGGUUGUGUAUGCAAAAUUGAUUUUUUUCUCUCUUCUUGUUUGUCUUGCUUUUCAGAUCCUUCUCUUGCUUCCCUGCUUUCACGAUCGCUCACCUACUGUAUUUCCUACGAAUCUCCUUCGCCGGCAAUGCUAACAGAGCUGAGAGCAUUAAGACAAUCAGGCGAAACUGUAUGUUAAAAUAAUAUUAUUCUAAAGGCCUCGCACAACUAGAACCAUUAUCCGAG